UGGGCCCGUGCAUCUGGGAAGUCAUCGGCUUUUUUCCGAGCUACAAUGCGACCGUUGAAGGGUAUUAAACGAUCAACAUUAGGCUCAAGAGCAAUACCAUCUUACGGUAAGCCAGUCAUCCUCGAGCUUAUGACUACCUAUACAACGACAAAAUAUAUUUUCCUUAUAAUAGAAUUGUGUAAGCCUAGAAGAUUAACGCGCUCUGCUCUUCCGCUCGUGUGAAAGGCGGACUUACCCCCGGUCGUUUUUGAGCCAAUGGAACGGUCCGUUCUCGAAGACCCCAAGAUCUAACCAAGCUGAAUCAAAGGCAUUGUCGCAAACGACCAUGGACGAUCAGGAGCGGAGCGGAUCCAGCGACUUCCCGCCUUUCUCUACGGCUGACCAUGUACAUGCACCGUUACCUAACAGGCAACCAUCCAAUGCAUUCGGCGAGUAUCCCGAUUGGUUUCUUCAACGCCCCGAUGCCGACCUCAUACACGACUUUACUGGCAAUCUUCACCCUUCUGAACCCCCUCUCAUGGAUCAGUUGUGGCCGGAGAUUGCUGAAGCGGGGAAUCCUCUAAACGAAUUACAAUGGCAGAUUCCUGCGCAAUCAUACCCACAGCCUCAAAUUCCUCCUCAAGUAGCUGUUCUUCCUUCCACAUAUCCACUAGAAACGGGAAAUGUUGAUAAGAAAGAAAGGCGUCGAAUUCCUUUCACAGCAAGAAAAUUGCUAGAGGACAGUUUCGAACGUCACAGAGCACAUCCUUAUGUCCCGCCGGAGGAACUUCAAGAGCUUGUCACACUCACCGGUUUAACCGUUAGACAAGUCCGUACAUAUUUCGCUAAUGCCAGAGCUCGAAAAUUACCUCCAGUCGUAGACCCAAGCAAAUCCGAGGCUUCAGACACAAAGAAUCCUCCUGUUGCCAAUGAACAACCCAGUGAUCCGCUAGAGCGAUAUUUGUCUAGCUCUUCCGACCAAGAAGCUGCCGUUGAAGAUGAUAUACAAGAAGCUGCAAAGAGGUUGAGACGGCCACUACGAGAAAGAAGACGUCGCAUGUCCAACGCCGCUUUGUCGGCAUCAGGCAGUAAUGCAGGGUCGUCGAGUUCAUCCGCGGGGAGUGCAGAGAGUAGUCGUAGUCAAAACUACGACUCGUUCCACCACCGCGGAGCGAGAAGAGGCCGCCGGAGACGGCAAGACUCAUCGAAAAAGCAAAUAACUAGCGUCGCUCGCAAACCGUCGAGUCCCUCGCGAAGAUUCCAGUGCACAUUCUGCACCCUCGACUUUGUCCAAAAGUAUGAUUGGAGACGCCAUGAGGAGUCUGUUCAUUUUCCUCAGAAGGAAUGGGUUUGUAUGCCAGAUGGCCCUGUAGAUGACAAUUCACGCUGUGUCUUUUGCAAUCACCACGACCCUGAUAAACGCCAUCUGGAUUCGCAUAGGAGCAUCGAAUGCUCGGAUGCCCCCCAUGCCCAAAGGGCAUUUCUACGAAAAGACAAGCUCAUUCAGCAUAUCAAACAAGUCCAUGCUUGCCAGCCACCCAAGAUGAUCAAGAGUUGGUGUCGACCCAUCAGUCACGACGUAUCAAUAUUAUGCGGACUAUGUGUGAGCGUUCUGCCAGACUGGGGAGCAAGAGCCGAUCACAUAGUAUCUCACUUCAGCAACGGCAUCAGCAUGGAAAUGUGGCUCCUGGAGCGUCCCGGAGGUUUACUAACCCCUGAUAUUGUCCCCAGUGGAGACAUGCUGCGCGGCAUGGCAACAUACUACUCGCCGUUCCCACACCCCAAAGGCACUUACAAAUGCGAAAUCUGCUCCUCCACCUUUCGCCACAUGAGCAAUCUAAUCCUCCAUCGCCGUCAAGUCCACCACGUCUUCCGCAACACAGAUCUCACGAAAGAAUACUGGCCCAACGCGACGAACUUUGGUCCUCCUAACGCAUCUACCAACACGAAUCUCGGCAAGAUCCAGGAGGAGCAACAUCAAGACGACAAUCACAACAGCAAUAACAACAACGAAACGGAAAUCCCAGCAUCAGGUCCAUCAUCAACUCAACAACCCUUCACACAACAUCCACCCAUCCCACCAGACACAUCGACAUCUACAUCCGUAUACACACCACCUACCACAGAACCCUUCCUCCCCAUCCCAGCCCUCCACCCCCCGACCUCCCUCGUCCCCUUCCCGCACAUAACAGCAUACCGCAACCCCGCGCUGGACUUUACGCCCAUCUCGCACGACGCUUAUCCAACUCCCCACAGCACAUACACCGCUACCACCCCCUCGUCGAGCUCAGCCCAACAACAACCGCCUCUUCUAGACCCGUUGAUGCAUUUAUCAGACGCGCAGCGCGCGAGGAUGAGGGAGUUGGGGACGGGAGUUUUGGCGGAUCCUGGCGGUGGGCUGUUGGGGCAGGGUCAUGGGUUUGGAUGGGGGGAUUCGAAUCAUGGUGGUGGUGGGGAGUGGCCUAGUCCUUUUGAUGGAGGACAGGGGCAAGGGCAGGGGCAGGACGAAGGAGGAGGGAGGAGGGUUUGA